AUGGCAAAGGAUAAAAAGCACUCCUCCAAGGGGAGCAAGCCUCUGGAAAAACAAGAAGAGACCGCUACUCCACCUCCUACAGUGUACAAUGAUCACGACAAGAAGAAACAGGCCUUGAUAACGAGAACCAUCUGGGCUCUUGUUAUGCUUGUGGGUUUCCUCGUGGUCCUAGCUAGCGGGCAUUUGCCACUCAUCUGUUUUGUUAUCAUGUGUCAGGUUCUCACUUUCAAGGAGAUCAUUGCCUUGACUUCUGAACCUGCUAGAGACAAAAACAUCCCUUGGAAUAAGUCAUUGAACUGGUACUUUUUGCUUUGUACCGUAUACUACUACGACGGAGAGUCUGUCUUUGACUUUCUCCAAGAUGAGAUUCUCUCAUCGAACGCAUUGUUCUUCUUCUACAAGAACCAUAAGUUCAUUGCCUAUUCCCUUUACAUCGCAGGCUUCAUCUUCUUCGUGUUUACGUUGAAGAAGGGUUUUUACAAGUUCCAGUUUGCCCAGUUGUGUGCCACCCACAUGACUUUGCUCCUAGUUGUCUUCCAAUCCCACUUGAUCAUCGAGAACAUUCUUAACGGUAUCAUUUGGCUUUUGAUUCCUGCUUCCCUUGUGAUUGUUAAUGAUAUCUUUGCUUACCUCUGCGGUAUCACGUUCGGAAGAACUCAGUUGAUCGAGAUCUCUCCAAAGAAGACCGUCGAAGGCUUCCUUGGUGCUUGGAUUUGCACAGGCGCCGCUGCCGUUUUGGUUGCCUGGUUGUUGUCCAUGUCUGACUACUUGAUCUGCCCAGCUACCAACUUGUCUACAACUGUCUACGACUAUCCACACUGCGAACCAAACCCAGUUUUCAUUCCUCAGAUUUACCAGUUGCCUGAUAACAUUGCUGAGUGGGUCGGCCAAUCGACUAUCACUUUCAAGCCUCUUUAUUUCCAUAGUGCUGUUAUUGCCACUUUCGCUUCGCUCAUUGCUCCAUUUGGUGGAUUUUUCGCCUCUGGUUUGAAGAGAGCAUUUGGUAUUAAGGACUUUGGUGACACUAUUCCAGGACACGGCGGCAUUACCGAUAGAUUUGACUGUCAGUUCUUGAUGGGCUCUUUCUCCUACUUGUACUUUCAAACUUUCAUCUCAUCAAGCAAUAUCGGUUUGGGCAAGAUAUUGCAGAUGGCCGUCUUCAACUUGACUACAGCUCAGAUUUUCCAGUUGACCAAAGCGUUAUUGAAAUACUUACACACCCUGGGUCUGCUCAGUGACGACAAGUUGCAGACCAUUCUCGAAAUUUUGAACUGA